AUGUCGAUUCGGGUUACCCGCAGACUGACCUACAAAGUGGUGGAAUCCUCAAAACAGACUGAUGAAUUGCAAAGAGAGGAAAAUAAGACUUCCAAAGCGUCAAAGAAGGAGAAGAAACUCUCAAAACAAGGUAAAGAUGCUUUGAAGAAGGACCAAGAAGCAUUAAAAAGAGACCAGGAACUUCUGAGGUCUUUUGUUGCGCCUACUCGGCAAGAUCCGGAGCCUUCAAAAGAGUUACCGGUCAGUCGAAUUGAUGGACUGGAUAAAGAAGUGCUGAAAGUAUUUGGUGUACAGUUACCAAGUCUGUUGUCGCAUGUCUGUUAUAUGUUCAACGAAAUGGAAAAGGUGAGCUUAUGAAUAGUUUUUAUAAUCUUUUAUAUUUAGGUAGUUAUGAUUUACUUCUCAUUGGGAAAGCGGAUAACUUUAGAUCUGAUAAAAAAGAAUAUUGCGAAGAACUGCCAGAAGUAAGUAAUCACUCUUUUAGAAGAUGCGUUUGUUUAGAGCAUUUACUGAUGCUGUUUUGGGGAAGAUCUUGGCUAUUUAUCCAGAAUCUUAUCAAAUUGAACUGGAGAAGAGUCGCUUCAACAAACCUGGACAACCCGUGAAGUACGAGACACUUCUGAAACCUAAUAUCAAGGACGGUAUGUUUAGAGUACACUUCAAUUAUUUGUAAUUUAGAUCUUCAUCCUUAUUACCAUGAAGAGUACGUUCCAAAGAGUCCGUCAAAGCAAUUAUACUCAACGCCGAUCAAGUUAGUGUCGCCUAGAAAAAAGCCCCAGAAUCUUGACUAUAUUCCGAGUCCUCCACGAUCACCGAGAAAAGGACAAGCUGUUCCUUUGCCAAGGUGCGCCUUGAGUUGUAUGGAGCACCAAUAUUAAUAAUUAUAGACAAGCUAACACUGUUUAUUUCAGAGAGAUUGAACUCCACCUUGGCCCAAAAUUUGAAGGAUGGAGGAAGCAUUGUCGAUCCGCAAUUAUGAAGUAUAAACUGCAUCAAUAUCUAUUGAAAGAACACGAGAAAUUCCUCGAGUCUCAUCCACUUGAAGGUCUAAAGGAAGGUGUUUUCCAUCCAGACUUUGUCGUUAAUCGAAUCGACAUUACCCCUAUUGAACUUCCGAAGCCUAAGCAGCCAGCCAAACAGAUGACUAUGAUGGAUUACUUGAAUAAAGUCCCGACAACCGGUAUUCUGAAGAGUGUGGAGAAAGUAACCGAAGAGUUGAGAUCUCCCGAGAAGAAGGUCAAGUUGGAGAAGAACGUUGAUCCAGUCCCUAAGAGUGGCGCCAAAAUGAGUCUGUUGGAGAGGGUAUGUUUUAGGCGUAUACCGUAAUUUCAAUUUAGAUUCGACAAAAGGCUAAAGAAGCUGAGGAAAGGGAAAAGCGAAAAGAUCCGGAGUUGAUUGAGCGUGUCUCAGUAUUGGAAACCCUACAAAAGACUGCUUUGGCUGUUAUCUGCAGUGAAUAUAACAACAGGACAUCAAUGGAUAUCAAUGAGCUCUACAAGAAACUCAACUUUUCUAUACAAACUCGUAAAGGUAAGUCGUUUUAAUUGAUACUUCUGAUCUAUAUAAAGUUUAGAUGCGUUUGAACGAAUGGUUGGUGUUCUUUCUGAAAUCGCGUCUUCUCAUAUCGAUGUAAUCCAUUUGAAUCAAAAGAAGUUUGUGAAAAUGGUAAACAAUGACCGAGCGAAAUUAACCGAAAUCAUCAAUGAAGAGUUGGAACGAUGCAAGAAGUUGAUGAGAUGA